GCUCUCUCGUCUCUCUAGAGAGAGAUUCUCAAUACCACAUCAGCUUCUUCUCGCCGUAAUUCGUUUCGAGGCCGAAGAAGGCCCAGGAAGCGGUCGUUGGAACGUCGGAAUGAGUCAAGUCUGGGAAAAGGCCUCAUCAAGACUCAGUUGGAACAGGGACCACUUGUUGUUAGGUGGUGCUGAGACGUUGGAUAUCCCCCUUUUGUGGUCGGGUCGACGACGGCACCUCACCUACCCAAUUCAAUUCCAUUAUUGUGAUAUGCAGUAACACACACACACACACACACACACACACAUGCGCUCGCUCACAUUGCUUUCAAAGUGAUUCGAUUUGAAAUGAAACAUAUCGGAAAAUUGUCCUUCAACAUUGGGACUUGAAGGCUCUCACUUAGCCGCUAUCCAAUUCAAGAGAAAUACCUCCAAUCUUCAACAGACAACGGACGAGGGACGAGGGACAGGCCCGAUAUUGGCACCAAACACGAGGAGGAACCAUCCACGCAGCGACAACAUGAAUUAUGACCGACGAAAUUGUGUCAUUUGAGGUGUACCAAUCCCGGCAAGCACAAGGCCUCUUACCAGAAGAAGACUCCGAAAGAACGGCAAAUCGACACAAGAAGGUACAAAUUGCGGCCUCGAGUCAGACCUGGGGAUUGCAGCGCUUGAACAGUCGGAAGAAAUCCGGUUCCAUGGGUUCUUCAACGGGUAACAAGUUCUCGAAUCGAUUGCAAGUGUAUUCCAAGAAGAUCGAGUCCACCAAUCGAGAUCCCGUCUCUUCAGUGUCAUCGUGUUCCACAUCCUCGGGCCACUCUGGAUCCUCGGGUCCCAAUCGGAGGAAGCGAUCCAGUGGAGCCAAUACCCCGGGCGUUGAUCCAUUGAUUUCCACGCCUUUAGACACGGUGGUGAGGGUUCCACAGAAGAAUGGAUUCUCACAGACUUGUAGAGUGUUCAACAAGAAGUUCUUGGACUACCUUUGCUCGAAGGCCUUGGUCAUCCAAACAUUUGUGGUUUUGGCCAUUCUGUGCGUUCCAUGCAAUGUGGUAACCUUCUAUGUCAUGAAUCGGAUCAGCGGAGAGCCGCACAAGAAUGAGAUGAGAGAACCACCCGAUAUGGACCAAAUGGCUUUUACUGGCCUUUCCCAAAAUCCCAAAGUGACCGAUAGUUGUCAGAAACCGAUGAACAUGUCGCGUGUGGUAUUAGUACGAAUUCAGAAUGGCACCGUUGACUCCAAGACAUCGGUCAAUCCAGCAAAACAAAUCAACGACAUGAUGGUUCGACUGAGCAAAAGCUUUUGCGAAAGCAACAAAUCCAACGAACACAACUUGGAGCAUCAGAUGAUGAGCUGCUUUCUGAACUCGUCCACACGGAAAGCGUCACUUCUUCAAAUGACCGAACAAGCGGAAUUGGACCGAGAAACUCGAGAGGAGAUCAGGCAGAAGAUCUGCUUCAUGCACCAAAAUAGAAGUACCACCAAGGGAUCUUCAAACGUUUCUAACGCGAGAACCACGUCAGAAAUGGAGGGAGAUAACAACCUGAUCGUGAAAUGCCUGACCACCAUGUUCUACAACAUGUUCAAAUCCAAACGGACCCAGAUCGUUCCCAAAGUGGUCAAGAACUACACGUGUUACGAAUCCUUCAAGACCCACCGUUUUGUCGUGCUCCAAGCCCGGAGAUGGUUCGACGGCAUUGGCCUUGUGUUGACAGGGGUCUUUGGCCUCAUUGGGAACUUCAUGACGCUAAUUGUCUUGCAUAGACAAGUCAGCUAUAUCGAGUCCACAUCGAACUUCAACAAGCUGCUCAUGACCUUGUCCUUAAUGGACUCGCUCCUCAUCCUUUUUUACCUCGUGGACGUGGCAAUGUUGGUCUUCGUUUGUCACCCUCCUCUUUGGUACCGAAGGCUAUUCUCCCAUUUUCUUUUCCCUGGAAAAUUCAUCGUUCUUUCCUGUUCGAUCUAUAUGGUGGUGGCUAUUUCUGCGGAGAGAUACAAAGCCAUAUGCUACCCUCUUAGACAUCGCCCUUCCUCGCUUCAAUACAUCAGUUUCGUUCUCUUUGUGUCCUUCGUCCAAAACAUUCCCAAAUUCUUCGAGUUCCAUCUGGCCAACAACGAUUACACUGCCACACCCCUGACCAAGGAUGAAUUCUACCAUCAAUUCUCACAAUACUGGGAUAAACUUGUCAUAUCCGGGUUGCUUCCGUUCGCUUGCUUGGUUUUCUUCAACUUGCGAAUAUACUUCAAAAUCAGAGACUCUGCCAAUUAUCGUUAUCGGUUUGUGGGCAACUCGACCUUCCGAAGACGCCUUUCCCAACCACCCACGGAUCUCACCUCCUCAGGGAGCACCAAUUUCCUACGAUCCUCGGGCAAUUGCUCGAACAUUUCGAGAAAGAGCACCGUUUCAGGUUACAGAAGCCCCUCCACGUUGAAUAGAUCCUUGUCCAAACGGGGCGCCAUUGGCGGCACUCGGCAGCCUUUGAAGAGGACACGUGGCAAGAGCGAAUGUGCCAAUGACUUGGGCAUAUGCAUGAAUGAUGAUCCCUCGGAUCCCAAGACCAUCGCAGCUGAUAUGAAUGCUCAACAACCGAUCGGGUCAUGUUCUUGCAUAUAUUGCUCCAAGUCAUCCUCUUACGUUCAUCGACAACGAAGUCACUCGGAAUCGUUCUUUUCGAGGAGUCGAGCACACACAUGUCAAGAACGAAAUGGAAUGGACAUCGAACUUCGACGAGAAGUUCACCAGCUCUCCGAGAGAAAUACCCCUCAAAGGGGAAAUCUGUCGUCUCGGAUAUUAGUAACAUACUGCUGUCUAUCCAUGGCGAAAAAAGGACCCUCCAAGGAGGAGGAUCAUAUGUACUCUUUCACGUCGUCUAAUAAUUAUCUGAUGAAGGUCAACUCAAUAAGGACCAAGGAUCAAGACAAUCGCCAGAGAGCAUACUUAGUCAACCGCGGCCAAAAGCUGACUCAUUUGCAAGGUCGAGGAAGUACGAAGCGUCGAUGGUUGAACCCUUGUCUUAGCUCGGGCAAAUCGUCACCUCUUCAACCAUCCGAUGAGAAUGGUUCGGUCUUGGCUGAGCCUGGAUGCCUUGGGCAUAUCACCAAGGAUUGUCACUUGGGUGCCCUCACGGAGGAUGACAUUGAAGAAGUUACUAAACAGAAUGAUAUUUUUCCUUCGGCAGGAGCAUUACCUCCACAAAGAGAUUCCAGCCUUCACCGACGAACGUUGAAGCGCAAUGCGAGUGGCCAACUACACAUUCGACGACGGAGAGAAAAGUCCACGUUGAUCUUGGUGGCCAUUGUAACAAUUUUCAUACUUUGCCACAUGGUGCGAUUGGGAAUACAGGCAUACCGCGCCAUCAAUCAAUUGACGAUGGACAAACACACUUUCUGUACGAACGCCAGCCAAUUUUCUGUUCCCGUGUUCCUGUACGUAUUACACAGCCUGUCGAAUCUUCUGGUGGUUCUCAACUCUUCCGUGAACUUUAUCGUCUACUGUCUUGUUGAAGAGUCCUUCCGACAGGAACUGAAGAACUUGCUCAAACGAAGCUUCAAACGAAUGGCGCAAUUCUUGUCUUGUCAGAAGGCUCCCCAAGUCACUACUCAGGAUGUAAUACCUUCAUGCAAUUGAUGUGAUGUUUUUAAGUUAUAUCUCACCCAAUUUCACGUGUUAUUUUGCAUGUUCAUAAGCAAAGAAAUUCCUAAAAAAUGAACUCGAUGUACCUUGAAUGUGUAUUACGUGCCAAAAAAAUGGUUACUGUGCUCAUUGUGAUAUUUAUGUAUUUCAAUCCGUGCUCUAAAAUAAAGACUUGAUUUUGCCAUAGAAAGAACGAAGAAUUGGGAAUAAACGCCACAUAAGUGAGCUUUUGAUUGUC